UCAACAUACAUAUCCACACACACACACACAUAUGAAUAAUCACUCGAUAAAAUUUAUAAUCGAAUAAUUUUAGUGGCAAUAAAAUUGCCUUUAUCGAUAGAUCCUUGACAUAGCAGACAGAUAAUCAUUAAUUAUCAAAGCGAUUUUGAAAAAAUUUCAAAGAUUUCUCAAUCGACUCGUAAACGUCAAUGAAUGUAAUUUAAAUAACAAUUCUAUUAGAUUUUUUUUCUGAAGAAGUAAAGAGGAAAAUAAUACAAAACUAACGAUUGUUAUCAAUCAAUUCUUUCCGCGUCAACAGUCACUUUAGUUUAAAGAAACAAAUUCGAUUGAGUCAUAUGGAAAUAUACGAAAGAAAAGAAAAAACAAAGGAAAAAAUAAAAAAUAUUAAAAGGUUGACGCGAACAAGAUGAAUAAUAUACAAAUGUAAACGUACAGAAGCGCAAUAGUACGCUCUUUCUUUCUCUUUCUCUCUCUCUUUCUCUCUCUCUCUUUUCGUAUUUCUUAUGUAAAUAAUGAUGUUAGAACGUCAGUAUACUACAUAGUCGUGGUUAACCAAGUGUCGGUCAUUUUAAGUGAUGAAAUCGACAGAUAUGUACGAACUAGCAACAAUAUUUAACGAAGUUUCGAUUUUUCUUUUCUGUAAAACUCGAUUCGAUUCGCUUCUAUUCGAUUUGAUUCAGUUCGAUUAUUUCGUUUGAAUAUUUAAUUAAUUUUUAUUAUCAGAUUAAUAUCGUCAAAAUCCAACUUGGGGAAGAAGAAAAUGUUCGAAAAUCAGGCGAUCGUUCUGAGAAACGUGACGAAAUAUUAUGGAAAAAAGUUGAAAAUUCUUGACGAAUUGAACCUAUCAGUCUCAAAAGGUUCCAUAUAUGGACUAUUGGGCGCUAGUGGAUGUGGAAAGACGACUCUCUUAUCGUGCAUCGUCGGUAUACGAAAAAUAGAUAGCGGAGAUAUUUGGGUACUUGGAGGUAAACCGGGUAAUGAAAAUUCUGGUAUUCCAGGAUCAAGAGUCGGCUUUAUGCCGCAAGACAUUUCUCUUGUAGGCGAGUUUUCUAUUAUUGGUGCGUUAUAUUACUUCGGAAGAAUAAAUGGAAUGAGAGAUAAGGAAAUAGAAGAGAGAUACGUAGAUCUAACCGAACUCUUGCAAUUACCAUCGAAACAUUUACUUGUGAAAAAUGUGAGUGGUGGCCAACAAAGAAGAAUAUCCUUUGCCGCCGCACUUCUUCACAAUCCCGAGUUACUCAUCCUUGACGAACCUACCGUUGGUCUUGAUCCAGUUUUAAGAGAUAAUAUUUGGAAGUAUCUAUCUAAGAUAACGAAGGAAAACGGUGUUACCAUUGUCAUAACAACACAUUAUAUCGAUGAAGCAAAACAAGCGGACAAGAUCGGUCUAAUGAGAUACGGCAAAUUGUUGGCAGAAUCCACGCCAAAUCAAUUGUUGGAUCGAUUCCAAUGUGAUAAUUUAGAGAAUGCCUUUCUGGAAUUGAGUAAACUUCAAGAAGACAAUAGAAAUGUUUCAGAAAUUAACACAAAUGUGAAUGAUAAUUCUGAAAUGAUACAUGAAAUGGAAUUCAUGGAAGCUUCUAUCAAUCUUUCUACAAGGCCACCGAAUGCUCCUGCAAGAUCGAUUAAAAAUUUAUCUUCGACUUCUAGAAAAUUGAAGGCUCUUAUAAUCAAGAAUAUUACGCAAUUUCUACGUCAUCCUGGAGGAAUUUUAUUCUCUAUAGGAUUUCCGAUAAUUCAACUUCUUGUUUUCCAUUAUGCUUUCGGUCACGAUCCUAAAGAUUUGCUAAUCGGUGUCGUUAAUCACGACUCCGAUAACUGUGACCUCGCUAAAAUAAAAGGAAGUGUUAUUUAUACGCAUAACGAUUUUGGUGGUAUAUGCGACUUCGUUGAUCUUAGCUGUCGAUUUUUACACGAUAUAAAUGAUACCACUGCGAAAAAAGUAUAUUAUGAUUACUUGCCGGAUGUGAAGGAGGAUUUAAGAAAAGGAAAACUUUCUGGAAUAAUAUAUUUUAAUAAAAACUUUACGCAAGCUUUGCAAAGAAGAUUGGAAAAUUUUAGAUAUAUCGAAGAUGAUAUCGAAACGGGAGAGAUUAAAAUUUGGUUGGACGUAGCCAACAGACAAAUAGGCCUUUUUUUGAAAAAUAGACUCUAUGACGGAUAUUUCAAGAGCAUGCGAAAUAUUAUGACAGAAUGUCACUUGCCUUUAAAAAUUAUGGAUAUACCAUUAAAUUUCGAGAAUCCUAUUUUUGGCAAAAAGAACGACGACUAUAUCAAUUUUAGUUCAUCUACUUUUAUCUUAUCAUUAACUUUUUUCGUAACAACGGUAAUGACAACAGCGAUAUUAAUCUCUGAUAGACAUGAAGGCGUUUGGGAAAGGAGCAUCGUGCAAGGAGUGACAACAUCAGAGAUAUUAUUCUCUCAUUUUGUGGUGGAACUGUCGAUAGUUAUUAUACAGGUCUUACUAAUUUGUUUAAUAAGCUUUGCUUAUUUUAAUUUGGACUGUAAGGGCUCCCUAUUGACGGUCGUCACGAUGAUAUUUUUGAUGGGUCUAUGUGGAUUGUUUUAUGGUUUCUUAGUUUCGGUAUACUGUAAUUCACAUCUGUUUGCGGAUUAUAUCGUCACUGGAAGUUUCUAUCCUAUAAUACUUCUUGGUGGAUUUCUUUGGCCGAUCGAAGGAAUACCACCUAUAAUUAAAUGGUUAAGUUAUUGUUUGCCAACAACGGUACCAGGUGUUUCAUUAAGAGCAAUCUUAAUCAAAGGUCAUUCUGUUAAUAAUCCGGAGGUUUACAUCGGUUUUCUCGUGAUAGGUGGAUGGACAAUAAUCAUGAUCCUCCUUUGUCUCUAUGGUCUUAAAAGAAAAUCAUAAAGAAAAAAACAAAAGAGAAAAAAAGAGAAAAAAAAGAUAAAUGACAAAAUAACGGGUCUUAAAAAUCAGGGUUUUAAUUAUUUAGAUUUUCUUAGAUUGUCGAAUAUUUCGAAGGUCAUUGAAUUUGUAUAAGCUUUUUGUUCUCUUUUUUGACUUUUUUUUUUAACUAAUAAUAUUUCUUAUUUCUCAAUGUAUCUUCUUUUGAAGUUUAUACGAUUGCAUAAUGUAUAUUUUACUAUAAAGCUUAAAUAUGUGCGCGUGUAUAUAUGUGUAAAUGCGUAUACAUUUUAAUGAGUUACUUUUUUAAUGAGCGAAAAGAAAGAAAGUAUCGGAAUAUGUUUAAUGUAAUAAAUUCAGUUUUUUUCUUUUUAUAUAUAUAUAUUUAUAUAUAUAUUUAUAUAUAUAUAUGCAUAUAAAUGCAUAAUAAUAUUUGUAUUUAGAAAUAAAAUGAUGAGAGAACGAUGCGGAAAUUCGAACGUAAAUUUUAUUGUUAAAUAGAAAUUUUCAUAUAAAUCUAUUCUACCAUAGGAUCGUGAUAGGAAUUAUAACAAUAGAUCAUUAAUCCUUCCGCUAUAGAGGAACUAACCGUCAGAUAGUUAUUGCUGAACGGGACUCCGUGCCAUAAGUGCCAUAAAUGUAUAAUUCACGUGCAAACAAUAUCUAAACUUAUCGAGUUUCUAACGCCUUCUGAAGAAUUACUUUCAUAUUAAAAAUUAUUAUCACGAUAAUAAAAAAUAAAUAGUGUUCGAUUAAUAAAACAUUGAUAUAAGAAAACAUGUAUAUUUCCGAUUUUGAAUGUGAUCGGGUGACUUUAGUCAUACGUAGUAUAUAAUAGCAUUUUUCUUUUUUUCCUGGUGGACGACUAUAGUUUACUUGAUAAUAACACUUGAUCUUUCUACCAAACUUAAUAUUAUAAAGAUUUAUUCGAAAAAAUUUCUUCUCGAAUUAUCUGUCUAGUCAAUAAUGCGAUCGCAAUAUAACGUUGCUCCCAACUAUUAUAAUAAAUAAAUUAAAAAAUUACAAAACGUAAAAUAUCUCAAAAUAGUUUUUAUAUUAGAAAGACCAAUAGACGAAGAUUUAUUUCUCAUAUUGUAUAUUGAAAAAAAAUGUAAUUUCAUUUAUUAUAGCACUUAAAAGUACCAAUGUAACGUAUCUCGUUUUAGAAAAGAAGAAAGAAGAAAGAAAGAAAGAAAGAUAAUAAUAAUAAAGUGAUAACAAUAAAUUAACUUCUUUAAUUCAGCUUUUUUAACUUAAGUGAAAUAUAUUUCACCGGGUCUAUUUUACUGAAUAUAUAUUAUCUCAACGAUAACGAAGAAUAAUUCAAUUUACAUCGAAUUUCAUUUACGUUUCAGAAAAUUACGAUUGUACAACGAUGUAACCGUAAAUAUUGUAUCUGUGUAUGUGUUUUUGUAUAAAAAAUAAUAAAAAUCAAUAUUUUUAUACGACAUACAAAAUGUUACUUUUUUGUUAGGCACAAUGGAUUACAUUAACUCUUUUAAAUAUUCCUACGCGGUUUUAAUGAAUU